GGCUAGAUGAAGCCGAGCGGCGGCGGGGAUCCCAGACGGGCGGCCGGCUCCCGGGCGGUGUGUGUGCUGCAUGUGCGUGUGUGUGUGCGUGUGUGUGUGCAAGCGUGUGUGUCUCGGGGGGGCGGGGGGCUCGCCGCGCCUCCACCGCGCGGUGGCCGGCGACCUGAAAGAAAUAAAAGGAUCGGGAUAAUAAUCGCAAUAAUAAAAAGAAAAGAAAGAGAGAAAAGAAAAGGGAAAAGAAAAGAGGGAGGCGAGAGAAUAAAAGGAGGCUGGGCUGCUUUGCAUUGAAGAUCGAGGCGCUAUUGAAAGCGCUUGAAAAGCGGCGUUGUUCGGCGCGGGUGCGCGCCGCGGCCGGCGCGGUAUAUUAGAGCGGGGCGGCGGCGGGCAGCAGCAGCGGCGGCGCCUCCUCCUCCUCCCCUCCUGGCCCUCCCCGUCCCAGAGCGAGCGGCGGCGGCGGCCUGCAGGCGGGCGGGCAGCGCGGCGGCGGCGGCGGCAUGCGUGCGCCCCGGCGGGCAGCCGCGGCGGCGUGCUCCCUCCUUCUCUUCCUCUUGGCCCUGCUGGGGCUGCGGGCAAAGGUGACUUUAGCGUCAGGACAGUUCGAGUUGGAGAUCUUAUCCAUGCAAAAUGUGAAUGGAGAACUGCAAAAUGGAAAUUGCUGUGAUGGCACCCGAAAUCCAGGAGAUAGAAAAUGCACCAGAGACGAGUGUGAUACCUAUUUUAAAGUUUGCCUGAAGGAGUAUCAAUCGCGGGUCACUGCUGGCGGUCCUUGCAGCUUCGGAUCCAAAUCCACUCCCGUCAUUGGAGGAAAUACCUUCAAUUUAAAGUACAACAGGAAUAACGAAAAGAACCGGAUUGUUAUCCCUUUCAGCUUCGCCUGGCCGAGGUCCUACACAUUGCUCGUUGAGGCAUGGGAUUACAAUGAUAACUCUACGAAUCCCGAUCGCAUUAUUGAGAAGGCGUCCCACUCUGGCAUGAUCAAUCCCAGCCGGCAGUGGCAGACUUUGAAACAUAAUGCAGGAGUUGCCCACUUUGAGUAUCAAAUCCGUGUGACCUGUGCGGAACAUUACUAUGGCUUUGGCUGCAACAAGUUCUGUCGACCGAGAGAUGACUUCUUCACUCACCAUACCUGUGACCAGAACGGCAACAAAACCUGCUUGGAAGGCUGGAUGGGACCAGAAUGCAACAAAGCUAUUUGUCGCCAGGGAUGUAGCCCCAAGCAUGGUUCUUGCACAAUUCCAGGAGAGUGCAGGUGUCAGUAUGGAUGGCAAGGCCAGUACUGUGAUAAGUGCAUUCCACACCCAGGAUGUGUCCAUGGCACUUGCAUUGAACCAUGGCAAUGCCUCUGUGAAACCAACUGGGGUGGUCAGCUCUGUGACAAAGAUCUGAACUACUGUGGAACUCACCCACCCUGUUUGAAUGGUGGCACCUGCAGCAACACUGGCCCCGAUAAAUACCAAUGUUCCUGCCCCGAGGGCUACUCGGGACAGAACUGCGAGAUUGCGGAGCACGCCUGCCUCUCCGAUCCCUGCCACAAUGGAGGAAGCUGCUUAGAGACGUCCACGGGAUUUGAAUGUGUGUGUGCGCCGGGCUGGGCUGGACCAACUUGCACUGAUAAUAUCGAUGAUUGUUCUCCAAAUCCCUGUGGUCAUGGAGGAACUUGCCAAGAUCUAGUUGAUGGAUUUAAGUGUAUUUGCCCACCUCAGUGGACUGGCAAAACGUGCCAGCUAGAUGCGAACGAGUGUGAGGGCAAACCCUGUGUCAAUGCCAACUCCUGCAGGAACCUGAUUGGCAGCUACUAUUGCGACUGCAUUACUGGCUGGUCUGGCCACAACUGUGAUAUAAAUAUUAACGACUGUCGUGGGCAGUGUCAGAAUGGAGGAUCCUGUAGGGACUUGGUUAAUGGUUAUCGGUGUAUCUGUUCACCUGGCUAUGCAGGAGAUCACUGUGAGAAAGACAUCAAUGAAUGUGCAAGUAACCCUUGCAUGAAUGGGGGUCAUUGCCAAGACGAAAUCAAUGGAUUCCAAUGUCUGUGUCCCGCUGGUUUCUCAGGAAACCUCUGUCAGCUGGACAUAGAUUAUUGUGAGCCAAACCCUUGCCAGAACGGCGCCCAGUGCUUCAAUCUUGCUAUGGACUACUUCUGUAACUGCCCUGAAGAUUAUGAAGGGAAGAACUGCUCCCACCUGAAAGAUCACUGCCGCACUACUCCUUGCGAAGUAAUUGACAGCUGUACUGUGGCAGUAGCUUCUAACAGCACGCCAGAAGGGGUCCGUUACAUCUCUUCCAAUGUCUGUGGUCCUCAUGGCAAAUGCAAGAGCCAAGCGGGUGGAAAAUUCACCUGUGAAUGCAACAAAGGAUUCACCGGCACCUACUGUCACGAGAAUAUUAACGACUGCGAGAGCAACCCCUGUAAGAACGGUGGCACUUGUAUCGAUGGCAUCAACUCCUACAAAUGUAUUUGUAGUGAUGGAUGGGAAGGAAUGUUUUGUGAAACAAAUAUUAAUGACUGCAGUAAAAACCCUUGCCACAAUGGAGGAACUUGCCGAGACUUGGUCAAUGACUUCUUCUGUGAAUGUAAAAAUGGGUGGAAAGGAAAAACGUGCCACUCCCGUGAGAGCCAGUGCGACGAGGCAACGUGCAACAACGGAGGAACGUGUUACGACGAGGGGGACACUUUCAAGUGCAUGUGUCCUGCAGGAUGGGAAGGAGCCACUUGUAACAUAGCGAGGAACAGCAGCUGCCUGCCAAACCCCUGUCAUAACGGUGGUACCUGUGUGGUCAGCGGAGAUUCUUUCACUUGUGUCUGCAAGGAGGGCUGGGAAGGACCCACGUGUACUCAGAACACAAAUGACUGCAGUCCUCAUCCUUGCUAUAAUAGUGGCACUUGUGUGGAUGGAGACAACUGGUACCGCUGUGAAUGCGCUCCAGGCUUUGCGGGGCCCGACUGCAGGAUCAACAUCAACGAAUGCCAGUCGUCCCCCUGUGCCUUUGGAGCGACGUGCAUUGAUGAAAUUAACGGGUACCGCUGCAUUUGCCCCCCGGGUCGGAGCGGUGCAGGAUGCCAAGAAGUUACAGGGAGGCCUUGCAUUACCAGCAUCCGAGUCAUGCCAGACGGGGCUAAGUGGGAUGAUGACUGUAAUACCUGUCAGUGUUCAAAUGGAAAAGUCACCUGUUCUAAGGUGUGGUGUGGCCCUCGACCUUGUGUCCUACAUGCCAAAGGUCAUAACGAAUGCCCAGCUGGCCAUGCUUGUGUUCCUGUUAAAGAAGACCACUGCUUCACUCACCCUUGUGCUGCCAUGGGAGAAUGUUGGCCUUCGAAUCAACAGCCUGUGAAGACCAAAUGCAACUCCGACUCUUACUACCAAGACAACUGUGCCAACAUCACCUUCACCUUCAACAAAGAAAUGAUGGCACCGGGACUUACCACAGAGCACAUCUGCAGUGAACUGAGGAAUCUGAAUAUCCUGAAGAAUGUUUCUGUUGAAUAUUCCAUCUAUAUUACCUGUGAGCCUUCCCACUUGGCAAAUAAUGAAAUACACGUUGCUAUUUCUGCAGAAGAUAUAGGUGAAGAUGAAAACCCAAUCAAAGACAUCACAGAUAAGAUUAUUGACCUCGUCAGUAAGCGCGAUGGUAACAACACACUAAUUGCUGCGGUGGCGGAAGUCAGAGUACAGCGGCGACCAGUGAAAAACAAAACAGAUUUCUUGGUGCCGUUACUGAGCUCGGUCCUGACAGUGGCCUGGAUCUGCUGCCUGGUGACUGUGUUCUAUUGGUGCGUCCGCAAGCGCAGGAAGCAGAGCAGCCACACUCACACGGCCUCCGACGACAACACCACCAACAACGUCAGGGAGCAGCUGAACCAGAUCAAAAACCCCAUCGAGAAACACGCAGCAAACACUGUCCCGAUUAAAGACUACGAGAACAAAAACUCUAAAAUCGCCAAAAUAAGGACACACAACUCCGAGGUGGAGGAGGACGACAUGGACAAACACCAGCAGAAGGCCCGAUUCGCCAAGCAGCCAGCUUACACUUUGGUAGACAGAGAUGAGAAGCCCCCCAACAGCACACCCACCAAACACCCCAACUGGACAAAUAAACAGGACAACAGAGACUUGGAAAGUGCACAAAGCCUAAAUCGGAUGGAGUACAUUGUAUAGCAGACAGCGGGGUGCUGCCAGCAGCGGAAAGGCACUCAAGAGCUUGUAGUUCUUCAACCGUUGUGUAAUAUUUGAGUCUGAGGCUCUUAUUUACUUAGAAUCCCUGUGUUAAUUUAAGUUUUGACAAGCUGGCUUACACUGGCAAGGGUAGUUGCUGUGGUUGGCUGGAAUACCAAGUGCUGCAUUUCACAUCUAUGCAAAACUAGUCAAAAGUGCCCUCCUGUAAAUUCAGCCGUAGCCGAGACACCGCGGAACCGUUUCGGAAGGUAUGACGCAGCCUUACCGCUCUCCCCGAGGCUUUGUCUCCUCGGGGCUUGUGUUUGGGUUGGGUUGGUGUUGUUUUUUUUCCCUGCCAGAUGUCCCAAUUUCUCCAUUUUCUUUAGAAUAAUACCUUUUUAUUUAUAUUUAUUGAAUUUGAGUUUUUUGUAUAUUGGUUUUAUGGUGACGUACAACUAGUUCUGUAUCUGAAAGUGCCUUUGCAGCUCGGAACCACAGCAACUAUCACAAAUAAGUUUAUUAUUUAUUUUUUUAUUGUAUUUUUGUUGGGGGUGGGUGGGGGGAACUUGUCAGCAGUUGCUGGUAAAUGAAGAAUUUAAAGAGGAAGAUUGUGUCAAAAAAAAAAAGAUAGAAUUUUGUAUAGAUAUGUAAAUAAUUCUUUUUUUAUUAAUCACUGUGUAUAUUUGAUUUAUUAACUUAAUAAUCAAGAGCCUUAAAAUAUCAUUCCUUUUUAUUUAUAUGUAUGUGUUUAGAGUUGAAGGUUUUUGAUAGCAUCGGUAAGCUCGUGGCUUCUCUAUUCUGAACUUAUUUCCUUGUUACAUGUUGCCUAUAUGCCAAAACUAAGGUGUUCUAAAAUAGUUUAUUUUUCAUAGGAUGGGCUUUCAUGCCUUGAUGCUGGUUUUUUUGUACAAAAAUUGUCCAACGUUUGAAACACCUUCCAUAGUAUCACUUUAAGACUAUUUGUAAGUACUGACUGAGGCAGUUUUAGAUGAUUAGACUAGAAAAACUUUUUUUUUUUGCUGCUUUAGACUUGAAAAAAAGAGUGACAGGCAGAUAAAUCUGCUACGAAGCAGUUUAAGGGAACAAAACUGAGCUCUUACUUUCUGUAGCUGAAAUGUGAGUGGUUGCAUGUAAUUAAACUAUCCCAUUAGCGUGUGGAGUUGGAGACACAACAAUCUUCUUUUGUAAAUUCUAAUUGUUUUUUUUCUCACCAUGAAUAUGUAAUACUGAACCACUUGUAGAUUUGACUUUUUUUUUUUGUAAUCUACUGCAUUUAGGGAGUAUUCUAAUAAGCUAGUCGUUGAAUACUUGAACAGUAGAAUGUCCAGUAAGAUCACUGUGUAGGUUUGCCAUAGAUUACACUGCCCGCCUUAACAAGUGAGGAAAUCAAAGUGCUAUUACGACGUUUAAGAUCAAAAGGCUUAUAAACAUAGUAAUCUCGGUGGUUAGCCAUCGAGAUCCUGAAGAUACCUUGUAUUGUGAUAUUAGUGUUAUAUGAAAAUGCAUCUUUGAUGUGUUGUUCCUGGCAAUAAAUCUUGAAAAGUAA